UUGCUUAUUUUGUAUAUGGCAAUUUUUAACCAUAUGCCAAAAUUGGUGUGCGCCAUAUUUCUUUCUUGUGUGCGUUGGAUCUCACCGAAUCAGGAUGAGUUCCCUCAAAUUACAGAAGAGGCUUGCAGCCUCUGUUAUGAGAUGUGGUAAAAAGAAAGUGUGGCUAGAUCCAAAUGAGAUCAACGAAAUUGCGAACACUAAUUCCCGACAGAACAUCCGUAAGAUGAUCAAGGAUGGUCUUGUCAUUAAGAAACCAGUAGCCGUUCACUCCCGCGCUCGUGUUCGUAAGAACACAGAGGCACGUAGAAAAGGUCGCCACUGUGGCUUUGGUAAAAGAAGAGGUACAGCAAAUGCGCGUAUGCCGCAAAAGGAACUAUGGGUUCAAAGGCAAAGGGUACUCCGUAAGUUAUUGCUCAAGUACAGAUCAGCUAAAAAGAUUGACAGACAUCUUUACCACUCGCUGUACAUGAAGGCAAAGGGUAAUGUUUUCAAGAACAAGAGAGUACUGAUGGAGUAUAUCCACAGGAAGAAGGCCGAGAAAGCUAGAACCAAGAUGUUGAGUGACCAAGCGGAAGCUCGUCGUAACAAGGUUAAGGAAGCACGUAAGCGGCGUGAAGAACGUAUUGCUGCUAAGAAGGAAGAGCUAUUACAAACAUUUGCGAGGGAAGAUGAAGCCGCUAUUACCGCUAAGAAGUAACUUGUUAUAAAAUGAUCCAAUAAAUACUUUGGGUCGA